AUUUUUCUGCUCUCGGUGAGGAUAAAACAAGAUGGCUGCGCCCAUAGAAACCCUCCUUCUUCGAGUCCGUUGCCUGUCGUUAGCCUCCACCAGAAGACUCCUGGUCAGAUGUAACAAUGUAAGGAACUCUACAGUCAACUGCAGACAGAAACCAGUUCACCCAGCACUACUGUCACCACAUGUACAGACUCUCUGUACAACAGCUACCAGAUGGUCAGAAAAAGAUCGGGAGGAACCCACAAAAACUACAGAGCAGAAACAGGAGGAGACUACUGAAGGAGAGGCACAAGAGGAAGACACAGGGAGUGUCGAUGAAGACAUUGCAAGGAUUCAGAAGUGGAUGGAGAUGUACAACUCAUGCCUGCCCGGGUAUGGUCAGGAGUUUGAUGGGAUCCCCUACAGUCAGCUGCCUGUGAUCCACGUGUUUGCCAACUGGAACAACACACAUGCCACCUGUACAGACAGCACAGGGAAGAUACUUGCUCAAACAACUUGUGGAAAGGAAGGGUUUAAGAAUGCCAAAAAGGGGACUUCUGUAGCUGCAGAGGUAACUGGGCAGUCCAUCGCAACUAAAGCACUUGACCUCGGGAUCACCAAUGUGAGACUGGUGCUACGUGGAAUUGGACCAGGCAGGCAGCCAAUCGUAAAGGGAGUGCAGAUGGGAGGUUUGAAUAUCGUGUCCAUCACAGACGAUACGCGAUUCUCCGCCACGGGACCUCGGCCGCGAAAGGCUCGUAGGAUCUAAAUGACUGUAUCAGCUUUCAUUGCUGCCUAUGUAUAGGAGAAGCAUGAGAAAAGUGUUGUACUUCGAAUUGAUGACAGGAGUAGGUCAGUUUACACAUAGCAGGGCUUGGAAUAUGCACCUUACUGUAUGUAAAGUUGGAGCUGUGCAGGUAUUUCUGAUGUCUACCUGCACUGGUCUAUGUAAAAUU